AUGUUCAGAAUGGAGUCGACGUUGGUCCAGCUUCUCCACACGCACUCUUCGAUUGAUGUCAAAACCCUCUGUUCGUUGGCGUGCGUCUCAAAGGGCUUCAAGCAGGCCGUUGAUGACAGCUGGGACUUGGCACGGGAGGCAGCCAGGCGUCGCGCAGCCACACAAUCAAGAGAGCUCCCACAACGGUGGGGGCGCAAAUACGCCUGGGACUCGGAUUAUGAUGCUCAGUACGACGCGAGAGGCCGCCUCUGUUUGCAAUUUGUUUUCUCGGGUGUCUGGGGUGGCUCGGAGAGCGCAGCAAUGCGACCUGACAUGGCACGACGCGACUUCCUUGUUGAAAUUAUGAACCUCAAACCGCUGCAAAGGUACCGGAUUGUGAGGCUCAUCCACUACAGUUUCGAUGUCGUGGCGGCAGGUAUUCUCAAAUUUGGCUCGCCCGCCGCCUAUCUUGCGGCUCUGUUGGAGAAGCUGCAAAAGAGGAUCAACAAGGCAAAUAAGAAGCAGGUAAGAAUGGAAGCAAUGGAAGCGAUGCUGCGAACAACGUUCAACAAUGGAGACAGGCCGGACGCAGCUUCGCUGGCCCGAUACGCCUCCCCUGCCCGGCGUGCUCUGCUGUUGACCCUGAACGCCAACCUGGGCAUCGUUCUCCCCCUCCUCUACCACCUGGCCUCCCAGCACUGCGGGGCAGCCAUGGCGGCGCAGCAGGCGGCAACAGCAGGCGCGGCCCCAUGCCGCCGUGGUCACCGCCGCCCUGGCCGCAGCUGAUGCCUACUUGAAGUGGGCACCUGUGCCGAACCUGGAGUCGAGUCGCCUGAUCGAAGCCGCGGGGGCGCUGCUGCAGGCCAGCGAGUUUCGUCAUGGGGCGGCGGACUUGCUCAAGCAUGUCGCAGCAAGGCGGCGCCCUACUGACGAGAGCCAGGAGCAGCACGAUGGGCCACGUGGCAGCCCUGGUGGCGGCCGCCCGGGAAGCACUUGCCGUGGCCCACAGCCGCUCCGCCUAGGAUGAGGACCGCCAGUUUGCGGAGAAGGUCGCAGAGGGGCUGGCAGCCCUAGGCAACAUGAACGGGGCCGCGCUGGCAGGGCAGGGAGAGGAGGCCGCAAUUACCAACCUCACAGAUCGAGGGAAGCAGAUCCAAGAGCAGACGAAUGCUCCAAGAUCAGCACAGAGUCCUAGCGAAAUAGACAAACAGGGCGGCCUGAUACAGCACAAAUGACAGCCCUCGACUUUAUCCGGUCCGUCCACCAAUUAUAGAGUACUUGAGAUUAAGAGGCAUUGACGACAUGAGAACCGAGUUGAGGGCUGCUAUGUGGGGACUACAUGCGAUCAAUGUCGAAAAGCUCACAAGGUGAAUCAGUACAUCAAGGUGCCUGGCAGUUCUGCGAAAUCGGUGGCUGAGUUUGGGCUUUCGAGCCGAAUGACAUAAACCAACUUCGAAAGCAGAGCCUUGCUCUUGUAACCUGCACUAAGUGCAAGAGCCAUCACAUACUUGGCG